UCACUGUCAGCUUUCAACAUUCAACAAGAGAAUUGUACCUGUUUCUGGCAAACAUGAAGUCAGACCUCUGGUAUUUCUUUUUCUUCUGCUUCCAAAUUGAAGUUGCAACUGGACAAAUCAAUGAAUCUGCCAAUUAUGAGAUGUUUACCUUUCACAACGGAGGUGUACAAGUUCUAUGCAAAUAUCCUGAGACUGUCCAACAAUUUCAAAUGCAAUUACUAAAAGGGAGCCAAAUACUCUGUAAUCUCACUAAGACAAAGGGAAGUGGAAGCACCGUGUCUAUUGAAAAUCUGAGUUUUUGUCAACCUCAAUUGUCCAACAAUGGCGUUUCUUUCUUUCUAUAUAACUUGGACCGUUCUCACGCCAGCUAUUACUUCUGCAAACUGUCGAUCUUUGAUCCUCCUCCUUUUAAAAGCAUUCUUAGAAGAGAAUAUUUGCAUAUUUAUGAACCACAACUCCCACAAUUUUGUUGCCUAAUGAAGUUCUGGUUGUCCAUCGGAUGUGCAGCUCUUGUUAUAGUCUGUUUCUUUGGAUGCUUAUUUACCUUUUGGCUUACAAAAAAGAAGUAUCAGUCCAGCGUGCAUGACCCUAACAGUGAAUACAUGUUCAUGGCAGCGGUGAGCACAGCCAAAAAACCCAUACUCACAGGUACAGACAUGACUCCAUAAUUUGGAACUCUCUGGAACCCAGGCAUGAACCAUGUUGGCCAGUUUUCUCCAACCUGAAGUGCCUGAUUCCCUCAUUUCGUGGACUACGGAGACUCUGACUUUGACCAUAUACAUCUCCUGAUGGUGUUUUGUUCAUUCUGGACCAGUGACUGUAUCAGUCAAUAGAGAUUUUAACAGACUGCUGUGGUUCCACUGAAUUCUUUCGAAACAAACACCCUCAUGGAACCAGCCUUAUAGACAGCCCAGCUCAUGUGUGCUCAACAAAUAGACCUCACUGGGAUGGAGACUCUGUCUCCACGUCUUAGAUGCUUUCUCUUGCCUGCAGUUUUCCUUAUAAACAUACUACAACAUGACUACUUGACAGCCUGACAGCCACCCUGAAUAGGGAGCUGUACAUUUUCCCUCUGGUUCUCUCUCUUUCUCCAUGUUUAUGUGUGUGUGUGUUUAUACAUAUGUAUACGUAUAUAAAAUAUACAUAUACACACAUAUAUGAAAUUGAUGAUGGAUGUAUUUGCCUGUAUUCUCCUUGCAAGAAUAUUUUUACUACAGAAAGAUGUGUUAUUUCCCCAAAUUCAGUUAAAAUUGUUUACUUUGUUGACAUUAGUGGUAGGAAACAUUGCCUGGAAUCAAAAGCAACUUCAUUUUAUUAUCCUGUUCUCCAUCAUUCCUUAUGGUUUUAUGGCACUAUUGCUUACAAGUUUACCUAUUUAUGUAGAUCAUAUUAAAAUGGUACACAAAACCAUCUUUAAUUGGCCAACAUUCUCCUGGGGUACAGCAAAUGAUCCUUUUAACCCCAAAGCGGCAGGUGCUAUAGGCUGCUGCCAAACCAUAACUGUGUUGCUCUGGGCUUUCAGGUUAAAGUGGUCCCCAUCAACCUGGAGCAUCAGCCUCAUCACUCAUACCUGGGUGGAAUUCCAAGGGUUAAGAAAUUCCCUUUGGCCAGGGACAAUCUUGUGCUCUCGCUCUGAGAGGCUGAAGUCACCCUGGGCAUCACAGUGGGCUCUACUUGAGUUUUGACCUGCAGGAUCUGGGCAGAAACACACACAUGUCAGGGCACAAUUCCCUCUCCUAGAAACCAUCCAGCCUGGAAACUGGCCCUAGCCCUUCACAGUAGCCAUCUUUAGAAUAUAAUUUGUCCAAGAAAGUUCUUAAAUACACUUAAAAUGAUUAUUCUUAGCUGGAAUAUUUUACCCCCUUCUUAUCUGUAUGCUUGAGGUUUCUAAGCACUUCAGGGGGUGUAUGGCAACCUUUUAAACUCUAGGUAAAAUUGGGUUAUUUAGUAGUUUUAAAAUUUUUAUUUGCCUGCUUAUAGUUUACUUCACAAGUGAGACUCUAUGUGCCAUUAUGCAUACUUAUAUUAUCUUAAGCAUGUGUAAUGCUGACGUGUACAGUAUAGUACUGAACUUGUAAUUUGAAUCAAGUAUAGUGUUCUUUGUUUUCAGCUGACUUGGCCAAGCUGACUGGCUUUGCAGAGGUGUUUCCUGGGUUCCUUUCAGCUUUCUGUGUGGAUGAUUGCAGGUGGGGGAGGACAGCCUUCAUGAUGGCUUGCCCAGCCUGGUUGUCCAUGCUGGGCUUUGAAGCAUUGUCCUUCUCAGCACUGUACAUUUCAGAGUGAAUUGUUAAAGAGCAAAAUUUCCAUGAAAUAAAACCUGGUUUUAAAAGGAGCCACUUGUCAAAUAUAUUCUAGCAGUAGUAACAAGCUAGAGAAUGAACAUUUGCUGUUCAGCAAUUCAAAAUACCUUGCUGUGCUUUUUUGAGGGGCGGGGAACUGUUUCGCUUAGCUAAAACUUCCAGUUUGACCUUGUUCUCGAAGAUAGUCACAUUUCUUGGAACAGUUGCUUUUUUCAUUUUCUUUUUAAAUUUUUUUUUUUUUUAAAUUUAAAAAUAAUCACAAACUUAUAUAACAGGUAGAAACACAGAGGAAGGACCAUUCUUUUCCUGAGUAAGUUUCUGACCUAAUGUCCUGUCACCUCUGAAUAGUAUGUACUUCCUACAGACAAGGACACUGUCCUCUGUAACUAGGAGGUGGCAAUCAACAUCAGGACAUCAACAUUGACACAUUGUAACACUCCAUCCUCAGCCUGCAAUCAGGACUUGCCAGUGGUGUCCAUAAUGGAUUUUGUAGCCCAAGAGUCUGUCCAGGGUCGUCUUUUACAUUUAAUUGCCACAUGUUUGUAGUGUGUUCCAGUCUGGACAUCAUGGGCCUGACACUUUUGAAGAUUACAAACAGUUAUUCUGUAGAAUGUCCUUUGUUUGGGUCAGUGUGAUAUUUCUUUGUGAUUAAAAUCCAGUUCUUCAUCUUGAGCAGAAAUAACACAGAAGUGAUAAUGUGCUCUUUCAAUCGUAAUCCUAUGAGGCACUCACAAUUUGGCUCUGUUACAUUAUGGAUAAUGUUCAUUUUAAUCACCUGACUGGUGAUGGUGGUGUCUGUCAAACUCCUCCACUGGAAUAUAACUCUUGUCCUCAUUCUAGUUGAUAAAUAUUUUGUGGGAAAGUACUCGGAAACUGUAACUCUUCUGUUCCUCAUCAAAAUGUCCAUGUAUUGAUUGCUUCAUUUAUAUCUGUAUGAUAUCAUGGUG